AUGGCUCCUACGCUCGAUAUCACUCAUAUUGGCACUGCCACUGCGAUCCUCAACAUCAACGGAGUAAACUUUUUAACGGAUCCAUUCUUUUCCCCCGCCGGAACGAGCUGGGAUCUUGGUGCUUUCAGUGUGAAAGUAACUGAUAGUCCGGCUUUGCGCCUUGACCAACUGCCUAUCAUCGAUGCUGUGCUCUUGAGCCACGAAGAUCACCCAGACAACUUGGACGAGCUUGGUCGUCAGCUCCUUGACGGGCGCCGAGUUUUUACCACCGUCGAUGGAAGCAAGAAACUCGCGCCUCGUCCGGCCGUUCAUGGCAUGAAGCCGUGGGAAGAGAUCGAGAGCAAAAUCGGAGGAAAGUCCUUCAAGAUAACCGCCACGCCAACCCAACACGCCCCAGGAGCCGAAUGUACCGGCUUUAUCGUGACCGGAGAAGACUUCGGACAUGGCCGUGAUGGCCUCCCCAACGCAAUCUAUUUCACCGGCGACACCGUCUACAUCGAAGAGUUGAACUCGAUUGCAGACCGUUUUCACGUCGUUGCCGCCGUGAUGAACUUGGGUAAUGCUCAUGUCCCCAUCUCAGAAGACCCAAACGUUCCUCCUCUGCAAGUCACCAUGGGCGGCAAGGAUGGGGCCAAACUAUUCCGCGCUCUGAAAGCAGACGUGCUCAUUCCGAUGCACUAUGAAUCUUGGGGACAUUUCACUCAAUUUGGUGUCGAGUUGCGCCAGGCUUUUGAGGACGAGGGUAUCAGUGAUAAGAUCUGCUGGCUGAAGGGCGGCGAGAAGGUCACUGUUCUCUGA